AUUGCUUCAAAGCCGCAGUCAGUCUUUACAUUUAGUGCGUGAUACACGUAUCUAGAUAGUACGUUGGAAUUAUAAAAUACCAUCUGUUGAUUGCAAAAAUUUAAUUUUUAUUUUUGACAGAAACCUAAAGACAAUAACAAAACUAAUAAAUUGCAUUUAAGUGCAGCUUUAUCUGUUUAUAGUGUAAUUAUUUUUAAUUGAUAUUUUUCUACAUUUUUUUUCAAAUAAUGUAGAAACUGUUUAUUAUCUCGAUAAAAACUAUAUUGGAAAAACGUUACAAUAACGUUCUUUUCUCGCGUAAUCAAUCGGAAAAUCAGUGUGAUGGAGCUCUCUACUUUAAUUCUGAUUAUUAUCACGACAUGUAUCUGUCUAUAUUAUUUUAUCCUGAGUAAGCUGUCUCAUUUCAAGCGGCUAAAGAUCCCACAUGUACGGCCCACUCCAUUAUUGGGCCACCUGGCGCCCUUUAUUUUCCGACGUUUGUCUCUGGAAGAAAACGUUCGCAAAAUAUACAAUAUAUUCCCGGACGUGAAGUAUUUCGGUUUCUACGAGUUUAUGACGCCAGUCUACGUAAUUCGUGACCCGGAAUUGAUCACCACAAUUGCCAUCAAAAACUUUGACAGUUUCUGCGAUCAUCGUGAUUUAUUUAACAAAGAAACCGAACCGUUAAUCAGUAGAAAUCUAUUCAGCAUAAACGGCGAUCAUUGGCGUGAGAUGCGGAAGCUCCUUAGUCCUACUUUCACAUCCGGGAAAAUAAAAAUAAUGUUCAAAUUGAUAUGCAAAUGUGCGGACAACUUUGCCAAUUUCCUGGCAAAUGAUUCUGGAAAUAUCGGCAAGACGUACGACAUGAAAAAUGUUCUGAGCAGAUACGCCAACGACGUAGUGGCCACGUGUGCUUUCGGCAUAAGCGUGGAUUCGUUUAAGCAUCCGAACAAUGAUUUCCUUCUUCUCGCCAAGGAAGCCGCGAAUUUUACCAGUAAUCCUAUCAAACUCUUAGUAAAUAAAAAUUUUCCGCUACUCGGAAGACUUCUCGGAUUGAAAAUAUUUAGCUCAAAAAUGAAAAGUUUCUUCAAGGAAAUUAUUGCUGAUACAGUGAAGACUAGGGAUGAGCAAAAAAUUAUUCGUCCAGAUAUGAUUCAUCUGAUGAUGGAGAAAAGAGAUAAUGAUCACGGUCUUACGAUGGACAUCGACGAGAUGACCGCUCAAGCGUUCGUCUUUCUCGUUGCUGGAUUUGAUUCAACAUCAUCAGCCAUGUGCUUUCUGACACAUGAAGUCGGAAUCAAUUUUGAUGUCCAGAACAAAUUGAGGGCCGAGAUUGAUGAUAUUCUUGCUCAGACUAACGGCAAGCCCACUUAUGAAGCCAUCAGCCAAAUGAAGUACUUGGAUGCUGUGAUAAAUGAGACCCUUAGAUUGUAUCCAAUGGGAGCUUUCCUCGACAGAAUGUGCGUUAAAGAGUUUGAAUUACCACCAGCGACUCCGGAUGGCAAACCGAUCACGCUGAAGCCCGGAGACAGCAUCUGGUUUCCGCAUUACGCUCUGCAUCGCGAUCCCAAAUAUUAUUCUCAGCCGGACAAGUUUGAUCCCGACAGAUUCUUGAACGGUGAAGUAGACAACUCGGUCUACAUGCCGUUUGGUAUCGGGCCCAGAAUGUGCAUAGCUAACAGAUUUGCUCUGAUAAAACUGAAGAUUAUGUUAUUUUAUUUGCUAUGGCGUUGCGAUCUUGAACCCGAUACUAAGACUAGCAUUCCCAUGGUACUCAGCAAAAAAUCUUUUUUGAUGAAUCCGGAAGGCGGUUUUUGGUUAAAAUUACGAGCGAGGAAAUCGGAGGCGGCUAUUCCGUUCUUAUCGAAUGAAAGUGUAUGCGAAGAUUAACCACAUAUUUAUGAUUCAUUUCAAGCAAGAAAUUGUAUUUGAACUACAUUUUUUAAAUUAGUGAAUCCAUAAUAUACAUAGGUUUCUUUCGUUUAAACAUUUGAUAUAGUAAGAUUCAAUAUUGUAAAAAAUAUAUUUUUGUUUUAAACACUGAAAAUACUUUCAUAAUUUUUCAAAAUACUUCGGUUUUGUUGUAUUAUCAAAUUUGACAUAUAGGUACACAAUCUUUUUCGUGUUGUCUUUAUUUGUAAACAAAUCAUAAGCACGCUCGUGUUUUAUUAAUAACAUUAGAUAUUAAUUAAGUGUUAAUUAUAUAUUACUAUGGUAGUCAAUAUUCUAAAAAAUAAAAGUUUAUAAUAAAUUCUUAAAUUAAUAGCAGCUAAAUAAAGUAAGUUUAGAUAAAUUGUGAUAUUGUGCAGAGAGUUUUAGAUAUAUUGUAAUAUAUAUUGUGCAAAAUACUCUGCAUGAUAUAAAUAAAUCAACGUCGAGUGCGAAGAUUAACCAUAUUAUUAAUGAUUUUUCUUGUUAGAUUCUUUUUGACUAUUAAAUAAGUAUUAUUGUCCGCUAACAGAGUCGUCAUUUUACUUAAAUAAAUGUUCUUAUCAAGAGCAACUGUAACGUUGUCUUUAUCGCUUUAGUAAAAAUUAUGUUAGAAUUCUCGCGCACGAAUCUCCGCGUUGAAAGAGAUGCUUCAAUUAAGUCAUUGUUUCUUAAAAAAGAAUAAUCCACGAGUUUCUAAAUAUGUAGUUUUAAAAAAAUUUUAUGAAUGUAUUAUAAUAUUAUUUUCUCUCACAUGGUU